AGGGAGAGGGUGAACGGGAACGAGAGCGAGAGCGAGAGCGAGAGAAGAAACGGGGGAGAGAAUCAGGCCUGGCAUACACGAGGGGAGGAUACAGAAAUGGAGUAGCUGGAAAAGGGGAUCGAUCGCGAAAAGGCCGGCCGAUAGCUAUACGGCAAUGGAGGACACGGGAUUCGGCAUCAUCGUGGUCUGAGCAUUCGAAAAUGGCGUCAGGAUUGCCGAAUGUCCAUCAAAAGAAGCUUGGACCAGCGCCGAUAGCCUCCUUCGAAGACUUAUCCGAGGAGGUGGAAAACGGAGAAUCGGCGGCAGCGGCGGCGGCGGCGGCGGCGGCGGCGGCGGCGGCGGCAGGGCGAAUGCCGGGCAUCGUCGAAGUCACCACGCCGGCAACGCCUGGCAGUUCGCUCAAGACGCCUAGCACACCGCGAAUUGAUAUCAGCAGGGCGAGCAGUUCUUCGCACCAUGAGGAUAGUAAUUCCAGGGACUCGUCGCCCGAGCGGGAACUUCUCGCAGGUGCGGAUCCUCCAUCCGGCUGCAAGCUGACCCUGGGCUACAAGGAGGAUGCUCAAGAUCUCAGGUCCUCUACGGAGGAACUGGAUCUGCAAGAUCCCGUUCACGAGCAAGAUCUCAGACGAGAGUCCAAAAGGCGAAAGCGGAGGGAGGCCGACGGAACCCAAUCGGAAUACAGCGGCAAGCAGUUAGGUCAGGACCGUGAGCGCAAGGACAGUAAUUGUUCAGAGAUAUGCUUGCUCAACAUCAGCGGUCGGACGUCGAGACUGUCGUCCGUUGGCAGCCAAGGUUCCGGUGUUUCCGGAAAACUCUCAGUCAUGUCAGCAACUUCCUCCAGAUCCCCCAGCCCGCACAAGUGUUUACUGGAGACGUCGUUCUGCGGAAGCAAGCCGACGCUAGCCGACAAUCUGAUAGAACCGUCGAAACCGGAGACCGAUGAUCUCGAGAAAAUACUCUUGAAGCGAGAGGCUGACACCACGAAGGCGUUGAUUCCUGAGAGUAUCAAAGUGCCUAUGGUAGGUGGCAAUCUGAAGCCGGAUCCACUGGACAAACCCAGAAGACGUGGUCGCGAGGAACGGAAGGAAAUCUUCAAACGGGAGGUGGAAAUCACCAAGAGAUUUUUGGAGAAAGUUAACAUAGAGGUACCAAUUAUCAAGAAAUCGAACGGACAACAAGGAUCGACAUCGCAACAACAACAGCAGCAACACCAGACAAAGAUCCAAAUCCAGGAGGUUCAGAAACCUGUGACACUCGAUUUCAACGACAAAAGGAAAAAAACUCAAAACUUUAAGGAGAUUAUGCAGACGACACCUACAACGAGUAGCCUCACCGGAAGUCCCAAAUUACCAAGACAUCAAAAAGUUCGUGAUCUUGAAGGCUCGCGGACGCCCAGUCCGUCGUCCGUAUCCAGAAAGAGUAGUUUUGCUUCGUUAUUCAAGGCUAGAACCGAUGGCAGCGUGUUGAGCCCAGAAUCGCCGUCACCUAGCACGAAGCCACGUCGAAGUUUGACGUCGAAAUUGAAGGAUACCACGGAAAGUCUAAGAAGCCGUUCAAAAUCGCGCGAAAGAGUCACCGCCGAUAAGAGUUCGGUUAUGAAGAAGGAUUCCAAGAACAAGGGAGUAUUUUCGUCCACUCUAAGCCUCUUUAAGAAACGCGAAAGAAAGAAGAGCUAUGACGAGGCGAUCGCGGCUUCGUGCGAUCUUGAAAUCGCCAGCGGGGAUGAACAACCCUCUCUGGAGAGUAUCGGUCACGUGGAGUUUACGUUCAACACGGAGAAGGAAAGGAAUCGUCAGGACGAUUCGAUCUUCAUUAGUCUGCACGCCGACGACAGAAACUAUGAGGAAGCUUUGCCAUCGGAGAGCGUCUCGAUACCGUUGGAAACGCCGACCAAACUGCUGGACGAGUACGAGUCCGAAGGACCGCAUACGGGUAGCAUAAUCACGGAGGUGUCUAUCGAGCAUCAUCCGGCGUCGCCGCCGUCGAUCGCCAAAAUUAGAACCGAGGCACAGAUCGAGACGACGACGGUGACGCAGAACGCGUCCAGGAGUACGUCCAGAGAAAGUCGGCUCCAGCAGAGCGCACCGAAAGAGUCGGAAAUGUUGAAAACCUCGUUGAAAGAUUCAAGAAUUAGCACGCAGACUAGUAAAGUCAUCGAAAUGCCGGUAUCGGCCAAGUCGACUGCGAUUAAAUCGGAUGUUAAACCGGACAUUAAAUCGGAAAUUAAAUCGACGGAUUCGCGAGCAUCGUCUAGCGGCUUGUCGAGAGAAUCCAGUGGCAAAAAGCCGGAUAUAACGAAACCGAAAAGAAAAAGUAAGGAGAGUCAACAGCAGCAGCAGCAGCAGCAGCAACAACAACAACAACAACCCGAACCAUCCAUCGAGAGAAUAGAUGGCAAUGUAGUGACGCAGCAGAAAAGGGUAAGCUCGGGAGAGCCUUCUCGAGCUGUUCGAACUAAAAAAGUUGAUCUUCUCGAUGACAAGGUCGGCAAAUCGCAACAGCAGAGUUUGGUAAAAACGCCCAGCGUGAUAUCCGAUCUGGAUCACAACAGUUCCGAGUCCGAAAGAGACUCCGAGAUCGAGUUCAUCCGCAAUAAGGUCGAGAAAUUGGCUGAGGAGCUACCGGAUGAACGAAAAGGUCUCUUUUAUGAAGAGAGCUUCGAGGAAGAUCUUCCAUAUGUACCGACGACUCUGCCAUUGGAGAAAAGCGUCGCUGUACCUAUUCUGCCGAUUAAACAACGACUUCAGGAAGUAAGGACGAUUCCGAUCGAGAGACCGCGCUCGACGACGCCGAUAAAUCCGACCUUGCUGGACGAGUUUGUGAUGCAGACGUCAUCGGACGAACGGCGCGUGGAGCGGAUGAAGAUAUCUCUACCGCGGGAGGAUAGCUUCAAGCUGAAGAGUCCGCGCCGGCAAUACGCCAGCACGGCGAAUACGUUCACGAAGUUUGCGGGCAAGGUACCGCCGGACGGCGGCCGCAAGGGCGCUGUCCAUCAAGGAAAAUCACCGAGUCCACCUCCACUGCCACCGAGAGCACCAGCAGCGGCAGCGGCAGCGGCAGCGGCGGCGGCCGCAGCGGCAGCGUCAGCGUCAACGGGAACAACGGCGGCGGCGGCGGCGGCGCGACCGAGCAACUGGAUCAACUUCGAGGAGAUACCGGAGAAGAGAAAAGCGCCGAAACGGAUACAGACGAUACCGCGACCGGAGGACGACAUCGCGAAAAGUAUCACCGGCGGUUACAGCUAUGUGCAGCCGGAAGAGUGCAAGUGCGAGUGCCACGAGGAGUCUAGGCGGGCGUCCAUGCGGGAGGCAGCGGCGGCAGCGGCGGUCGCGGCGGCUGUCGCCGCCACUGCCUCCAGCACCAGCACGAGGACCUCCUCUUGCAGCAGCAACGGUGAACGGCCGUGCAACGGCGAAAAUUGCACGGCGCCGACCACCGGCGGCGGUAGCUCGGUCGACCGCGCCAGUAUCGUCAGUGACAGCUCGCUAGAGUGUUCGCUGAGCAACGACGACGGCCAGAGCACGCAGGUGCUUCUCGGCAACUCGACGAAACCCUUCGCCAUGGAUCUCGACGUACGUUCCAACAGGUCGAGUAUCAUAUCGCAGGAGGAAAACGACGAGAAUCAGCACCAAUAAUAAUAAUAAUUAUUGUUGUUAUUAUUAUUAUUAUUAUAAUCGAUACUUGCAUAGCGCACCCACGCCUUAGGAUCUUCGGAUUUUCCUUUUCUUCGUGUGGAAAGAUGAAUCCGAGUUUUUCCGAUACGAAUCAAAGGGCGAUUUAAUCCCGAAAGAGACGUUCUCCACCACGUUCUCUCUCUUUUCAUCGCAUUUUCUUUCUUCUGUGAAAAAAAAGAAAAAUUUCACGAAGGAUAAACUCGAUACUCAGUUCUACGUGUUUUCGGUAGCGCGUCGUAGCGCGCGAUAAAACUUUCGAUUAUCAAAGAGCACAUCGCUCUCUCUCCUCUUCGAAAUCAGUCCGUAAAUCAGAUUUCGAGAUGUUCUUCGCCCUCAGCGUCACGUGGUUCCUCACUAACACGUCAUUUUCGAACCAUUUUCGCAUUGCACCGCGUUCAGAUAUUUACAUACGUUUACACGCGUUAUACUUUUGCGACGGCAUUGUUACAUACCGCUGUCGCGGUUCUUUCCUUUCUUUCUCUUUCUUUUUCUUUCUCCUCUGAGGCUAAUUCUUCUUGGGCGUUAGCUCCGUUCCUAAUCGAAGAUUACCACUUCUUUACGUUGGCUCGAGUCCAUAACGUAAAAGAAAGAAAUGAAGACGUUGCGUAUUACACGUAACAUACAUUUCUCUUCUUACAAACAACGUAAAGAGCAUUCGAGAGAGAAAAACCGCGAUUGGACGCGGUUCUUAUUUUAGUUAGUUUAUCGCACGCACGCGUUGACAGUUUGUCAGGGACAAGACACAUAGGGGCACCCGAGGAUGGUGGCUCGCUAAUGUUUUUACUAAUAUCUCCACAAAUUAAUCACUAGUUUUCUCUCGUCGAGGGAGAAUCGCACCGCCGCGGAAUGUCGAUGAAAUGCUCGGACGUAUCGCUUGUAUCUUACUCUUUUUGGAACAAAAAGGAUAUGAAUAGCACGAAA